CCGAACGUCGGCCACACUGGCGCCGCGCAAACGAUAGUAUCGCUUACAAAACAAUGGGAAAUCGUCGAAACUCAUUAUUUUCGCGAAAACCGUACUCGAAAUUAGUGUGAACCGUCCCGAGCGAGAAAUUCGACAAACGGCCACGAUUUUCCGAAGGAGCCCGUCGGCAACACGAGUGCGAAACGGCCACCGCCAGUAACUAUCGAUUGUUGAGCACCCGGAACAAUCGUUGACCCGACAGCCGAUGACUGCCCCCGUUCCCCGUAGUUCCAUCACGUCCCGUGAGUGCUUUAUUUACAUCGAGUUUUGUUGUCGAAAAAUAUAAUUCCCGUCGCCGAUUUCGUUGUCGUUUUGUUGUUUUUACCGUGCCGUACCGUCGCUAAACGUCGGCACAUCGCACUGCCGUCGUCAAUUCGUUUCCGAACGGGUCGCAAAAGUGCCGUCCGACCGCGCUUAUCGGGUGCAAACAUCAUCACGUCAAUCUCGGACAACACGGUCUUUCUGCCUGGUUGACGUUAAGAAAGGAUUUUGUAUUAUGGCCUGAAUUACUAUUCCCUGAACUAAUUUCAAUAACAUUUUUGUUGAACUAUCAGUCGAUUAUUAAAACACGCCAUAAAACGCAAGGAUCGAAGUGAAAUUAUUGAAACACAAAUGACGUCUUCAAAUUAUAUUUAUCUAGAAUGUGUAAAAUGGCAAAUUUUACAAACUGGUUACAUUUAGUCACAUACUGCUUAAUUAUGUGAAUUUAGACUUUAACAGCAACCUGACAAUUAAUACUCACUUUGAGUUAUAAAUAAAAUAGGACAUAUUAUGUAAAGUAGUGUUAGGACUUCGUGCAAUUUUUCUUAUCAUGUAAUUAUUUGUUACUAGUAAUUUUUUUACUAGGUCUAUCUUUGUAUAAAUACUACGAAUCAUCAUGUCGGACCUACUGGUGGACAGCCCACCAAAUAAAAGGCCCAAACUGGAAGACCCAUUCCAAGGGUCUUCAGACUCAUCUGGUGUCUAUUCCAGCAACGAGAUGUUUGAUCUCGAAAAUGAUCUCCCCGACGAACUUAUCAGCACGUCAUCUUGGAAUCAGCAGCCUGAUAUGAAACAGAACCUCCCACCCCAAAUGCCGCUACAAAAUGGAAUGCUCAUUCCACAAAAUAAUCCGCAACAGCAAUUGCAACAACAACCUAAUAUUCAGCAACGCUUGGUCGUAAGUCAACAACAACUGGCACAUCAUUUUAUGGGCAACAAACAACAUCUUGUUGCGGGAGCUGGAAUGACUAUGAACAAACCAUUAAAUCCAAAUAUGCCAUCCCCAAAUGUGAUGGUUGGAAAAUCAGGAGAACCAAUGGUAGUAAAUAUGGGAAAUGCAAACCUCAACUCCAAUCAACUACAGAACAGUAUUAGUGGAAUGUCGAACGUUAAUAUUAUGAUGGGCAACAACUUAGUAAAUAAUUCUAUACACAAUCCUCAUCACGGUAUUUCCCAACAACAACAAAACGGACCUAUGAUGGGAAGAAAUAUCGCUAUGCAUCAUCCCCAACAAAUCCGCAGCCAAGCUCCACAUCAAUUACACAACCUUCCAAUGAACACUCAACAAAGAUUACAAGCUCCUAUAGGCGCAAUGAGUCCUGUGAAUAACUUCAAUGCUUAUAAUCAGAACAACCAGCAGAUUAAUGUCGUUCAGCAACAACAACCAAUUAAUAUUGUACGAUCGCAAGUACCUCGGUUUAACGCCAAUACAAAUGGAAUGCUAGUUGAUAACCCUGUUCCUCCUCAACCCCAAGUGAAUGUUCGUCUAGGCCAGCAAGUAAAUAUGCCCAACCAGAAUGUGGUAGUGCCCCCUCAAGCAGGAGGUCCUGCCGAUAGAAGCCAGGCUAAUCCAGAAAAACGAAAAAUGAUUACUCAACAACUCGUGUUGUUAUUACAUGCACAUCAGUGCCAGAGACGAGAUAAUCAAGCUAACGGCGAAGUGAGACAGUGUCGUUUACAACAUUGCAAUACUAUGAAAGGUGUGCUUGCCCAUAUGACAUCGUGUUUGGCAGGAAGGAAUUGUAAUGUAGCUCAUUGUUCUUCGUCUAGACAAAUAAUAUCGCAUUGGAAACAAUGUACCAGACCAGACUGCCCUAUUUGUCAGCCAUUAAAGGCGACGAACAAUCGUAAUGCGUUAAACAAUAAUACAACACAAAACGCUAGUGGAAUGAACGACAUGAACUGCUAUAACAGUCAGGUUAGUAAUCAAGUAAACCAAGUGCCUAGCGGGGUUGCAAAUAACGUCGGCAUUAGAACAGCUAUGCAAGCUGGCCAAAUGCCACAUCCUCCUAAUAACAACGUGAUAGCUCCCAAUCAGAAUAUCAGGGUGCUAACUCCACAUUCUCAACCUCAAUCAACAACUACUAUGAGUACAGACCCAGGGACGAGUUCUGUAAAUGACAUGUUGCAGUCUGUAUCCAAUACGACUGUACAAGCGCCAUCGAGCAUUCAACAAGCUGUGACAAAUAUACCAAAUUCGUUCAUAAUGACAACUAGUACAGACACAAUGACAACUCAAAUGAACAAUCAAGCACAACCCAGUCAGUCAAUGCCAGGAGGAAAUCAUAUUGAAACCAAAGAAUGGCACGAGUCAAUUACUCCUGAAUUGCGAAAUCAUUUGGUGCAUAAAUUAGUUCAAGCGAUUUUUCCAACAUAUGAUCCAAAAGCUAUGUUGGAUAAACGUAUGAACAAUUUAGUAGCUUAUGCUAGGAAAGUGGAAGGUGACAUGUAUAAUGUAGCUAACUCAAGGUCGGAGUACUACCACAGGCUAGCCCAAACAUUUUACAAAAUACAAAAAGAGUUGGAAGAAAAAAUGCAGAAACGGAAAGAACAACAACAAAUGCAACAACAACAAAUGGGUACUCAGCAGUCAACGACUAAUGUAAAUGCGCCAUGUUUUCCAACUGCUUCAGGUCAGGGAUUGCCAACUCAACAACAACAACAAACACCACAACAACAACAGCCUUUACAUCAUUCGUCAAUUCAACCCAAUCAACAACCUAACUUGUCUCAGCAACAAGUAGGAGCUACGACUGGCUUAAUGAAACAAAUGGCAGAUCGGGUUCAUUUCGCUAUAACAUCGCCCGUACCGGGACCAAGCCCAAAUACUAAUUUACCACAAACAACUUUUGGUUUGACUCAACCGCCUGCCCAAAGUCCAAUCAAUACUAGUCAGUUCCCAUCUAACUCACAAAUGAUGCCAAACAUAUCUCAAGCUUCUUUCGCUCAACCUCAGUUCCCCAACCAAACAAUGACCCAAAUGCCUCAACAACUACACUUGCAGCAACAGCCGCAAGUACAACAACAGCAGCAGCCCCAGCAACAGCCAUCGCAGCAACAACAACACUUAAACAAUCAAUUGAUACAACCUAAUAGACUUAAUCAGAUGAACAUGGAUAAAAUGGUGAACGGCCCUAGUUUGAUGGCUGGUAACAUGACACCAGUUCCGAGUGUAUCGCCAAUGUUGCCUAACAGUAUGGGUAAAGGGUACCCCCGAAAUGAGUCUUCGUCUUCAAAUAGUCAUUCGAGUCAGAUGAAUGCUAUUGCUUCAGCCCUAGCACAAGAUGAUUCUCCCAAAGACGUUAAAGGUGAAGUUAAAGACGAAUAUGAUGAUAGUAAUGAUGGUAAAGGAGCUUAUGGAAAAGGGAAAAUGAAUCAGGAAUCAACAUCAGUAACUGUAAAAUCUGAAAUCAAACAAGAGCACAGCGAAGAUACCUCUAAUACUGUAAAAAUGGAAGUCAAAAUCAAAGAAGAAGCAGCGAGUCCUAAACCCAACAUCACAACAGAAAUAAAACCAUUUGAACCAACUACUACUGAUAGUAAAACUGCCAUAAAAAAAUGUGUAUUUAGACCAGACGAACUAAGACAAGCGUUGAUGCCUACUCUGGAAAAACUGUACAAACAAGAACCAGAAGCUGAACCUUUCAAACAACCAGUCGAUCCUCAAGCGCUUAAUAUACCCGAUUACUUUAUUAUAAUUAAAAAACCAAUGGAUUUAUCAACCAUUAGAGAAAAACUCAACACUGGACAGUAUUCAGAUCCUUGGAGUUAUGUAGAUGACGUUUGGUUAAUGUUUGAGAACGCUUGGCAUUAUAAUAAAAAAUCUACAAAAGUCUAUAAAUCUAGUACAAAAUUAUCGGAAGUCUUUGAACAAGAAAUAUAUCCAGUGAUGCGUAGUCUAGGAUAUUGUUGUGGCCGUAAAUAUACAUUUAAUCCACAAGUUCUUUGUUGUUUCGGCAAGCAACUCUGUACAAUCCCGAGAGACGCCAAAUACUUCAGUUACGAGAACAGGUAUAUUUAUUGCCAAAAAUGUUUUAACGACAUACCCGGCGAUGCCGUGACGAUGGGCGAAGACCCCACCCAAACUCAGCAAGUCAUAAAGAAAGAACAAUUUGCUGAAAUGAAAAAUGAUCAUCUAGAAUUGGAACCUUUUAUAAUGUGUAUUCACUGCGGAAGAAAACUCCAUCAAAUAUGUGUGUUGCACAAUGAAAACAUCAACCCACAAGGUUAUAUGUGCGAUAAAUGUUUGGUGAAACGCAGCGAAAAACGAAAAGAUAAUAAAUUCAAUGCGAAAAAAUUGGCUAUUACUAAGUUGGGUACUUACAUCGAAACGAGAGUUAACAAUUUCUUGAAGAAAAAGGAAGCAGGCGCGGGUGAAGUUUCUAUACGUGUUGUGUCUAGUUCGGACAAAAUAGUCGAAGUCAAACCGGGUAUGCGAAGUCGUUUUGUCGAAAGUGGAGAUAUGAUUGGUGAAUUCCCUUACAGAGCUAAAGCACUUUAUGCGUUUGAAGAAAUCGACGGGACUGAUGUUUGUUUCUUUGGUAUGCACGUUCAAGAAUACGGGUCCGAAGCUCCUACGCCAAACACAAGAAGAGUGUACAUUGCAUACUUGGACUCGGUAAAUUUUUUCAGACCCAAACAGUAUAGAACGUACGUGUAUCAUGAAAUAUUACUUGGUUACCUUGAUUAUGUCAAACAACUUGGUUAUACAAUGGCACAUAUUUGGGCUUGCCCUCCAUCCGAAGGAGACGACUAUAUAUUUCAUUGCCAUCCACCUGAACAAAAAAUACCCAAGCCAAAAAGAUUACAAGAAUGGUAUAAGAAAAUGUUGGACAAGGGUAUUAUUGAACGUAUUAUUCUCGAUUAUAAAGAUAUACUUAAACAAGCUAUUGAAGAUAAAUUGAGUUCUGCUGCCGAAUUACCGUACUUUGAAGGUGACUUUUGGCCAAAUGCGUUGGAAGAUAGUAUCAAAGAGCUGGACCAAGAAGAAGAACAAAAGCGAAAGCUAGCUGAAGCCGAGGAGUCUGUUGAAAUGUUUGUGAGCGAUGAGGUCGAAAUUGGACCAGACGGUAAAAAGAAGGGGCUACAAACGAAGAAAAAAUCAAACAAAUCCAAAUCGAGUCAGAGAAAGAGCAGUUCGAAGAAAACUAUGUUACCGCAAACGAGCAGUGAUCUCUCUGCUAAAAUUUUUGACAACAUGGACAAACAUAAAGAAGUGUUCUUUGUUAUUCGGUUGCAUAGCGUUCAGUCUGCAGCUGCAUUAGGACCAAUACAAGACCCUGAUCCGUUAAUUAGCUGUGAUUUGAUGGAUGGUAGAGAUGCAUUUUUGACAAUGGCUAGAGAAAAGCAUUACGAGUUUUCGUCUCUCCGAAGAGCAAAGUUCUCGUCAAUGGCCAUGUUGUAUGAACUUCAUAACCAAGGGCAAGACAAAUUUGUUUAUACUUGUAACAGCUGUAAAUCGCACGUCGAAACUAGGUAUCACUGUACGGUUUGCGAUGACUUUGACCUUUGUAUCACUUGCUAUGAAAAAGAGAAACAUCCUCACAAUAUGGAGAAGCUGGGUCUUGACUUGGAUGACGGUUCUUCGCCUGGAGACCAGAAACAAGCUGAUCCUCAAGAAGCCAGGAAAUUGUCUAUCCGUCGUUGUAUUCUGUCGCUUGUACACGCCUGCCAAUGUAGGGACGCCAAUUGUCGUCUAGCAAGUUGUCAACGUAUGAAGAGAGUUGUACAGCACGUUAAAUUGUGCAAGGUUAAAUCCAAUGGUAACUGUCCAAUUUGUAAACAGUACAUUGCUCUAUGCUUCCAUCAUGCUAAAUACUGUCAAGAAGCCAAAUGUCCAGUUUUGUUCUGUCCCAACAUGAAACACAAAAUCAAACAACAGCAAUUGCAGCAAAGACUACAACAAGCUCAGCUAUUGCGAAGAAGAAUGGCUAUCAUGAAUACAGGUACUUUAGGCACAGAGAACACCAACACCGCCCCUGUCGUUGCCUCACCACACAUGUCCAACCAACCCAAAAUGAUACCUCAUAAGGGUCCGGGCAUGCCUCCAGGAAAGCAAACGCCUCCUGCGAACGUUUUACAAGUCGUAAAACAAGUACAAGAAGAAGCUGCGCGCCAACAUGAUAAUGUGGGAUAUGGAAAAGGAGUUCCUCAACCACAAAUGCAACGUCCACAUAUGCAAAUAGCGCCACAAGCUCCACAAGUCAAUCAGUGGGUAAAUGAACCGAAUUACAGUCAACAAAUGAUGUUGCAACAACAACAACAGCAGCAGCAGCAACAGCAACAACAACAACAACAACAAAGACAGAUGAACAUACAACCUCAGCAACAACAAAUGAUACUCUCAACACUGACCAACAAUCAGCAGAACCCAAUGCUUCAACAACAACAACAACAGCAGCAAGUUAUGGCUCCCAGACCUCAAGGUUACCAACAAAAUCCCAAUCAAGUAGCGAACCAGCAAUCGCUGCAACAAUUAAUAAGCGCGCUGCGCACAGGCAACGACAGCCAGCCUGAACAACAGCAACGCCUGAGAGAGUUGCUGAGAAGUAAUCCACAGUUGUUGGCUCAAUUCAUCAGGAACCAGAGGCAACGGGCUGCGAUGUUCCAACAACAACAACAGCAACAACAAGGCGGCAACAUUGCUCCUCCAAUGUAUCCUCAACAGAUGCAGGGCCAACAACAACCUGGAGGACCGCAAGGACCUAACCAACCACAAUCGAAUAUGCCAAACAGAAUGCACUUAUAAAACGUAGAGGGGAGUAAACAAAAAUUUUAGAGCUUAUUUAAAAAAAAAAAAGGUGUUGUUUCUAUUAUAUGUGUACAUUUAUGAAUGUAAAUAAUGGUAGCUUAAAGUACAAAAUAAUAAUUUUGUAUAAUUAUUUAAUCGGCCGUGUUGACUUAUGACUUGUGUACAUUUGUUUUGCUAUUUGUUGUUGUUAUGUAGUUAGGAAAAAGAUUUAAGGAGGCCCUCCUUAAUGUUUAAUUAUAAGAUGCGAACAUUUAUAAUUUCCUACUUUAGUAAAAUAAUAUUUGUUGAUUUUUCCUUCUGUACAGGAAUAAUGAUAAUAAUAUUAUAAUUGUAUAAUAUUUUAUUUACAAUUUUGUACUCCUAGACAUUCUGUUAUUACUAUUAUUACAAUUAUAUAGAAAUAUUAUUUUUAAGGGAUAUAUAAUUUAUAUUUAAAAAAAAAAAUGGGGCAAAUGAUGACUAGUAAGUCUUAUCCAACUUAUUUAUUAUUCAAUUUUUUUUAUACAUACAUAAUAAUUUAAUCCUUAACAGCUUUUCUAUAAGUUAGCCUG